GCAACACCAGCGGAGUCUACACCAUCUAUCCUGUGGGAUCCACCUCUGGUGUCCAGGUGUACUGUGACAUGACUUCAGAAGGAGGCCAUUGGACGGUGAUCCAGAGGAGGAUGGACGGCUCACAGAACUUCUACAGGCCCUGGUGUGACUACAAGACGGGCUUUGGUGUCGCUGCUGGAGAGUACUGGCUCGGUCUUGAGAACAUCUUCCACCUGACACUGAGACAAAGGUAUGAGCUGCUGGUUGAUAUGGAGGACUUCGAUGGAAAGAAAGUGUCUGCCCGCUACUCCUCGUUCUCCAUUGAUCCAGAGAGCUACGGAUACAAACUGCAAGUGUCUGGUUUCACUGAUGGAGGAGCAGGAGACUCUCUGGCUUAUCACAAUGGACAGAAGUUCUCCACUAUGGACAAAGACCAGGAUGCCUCAAGUAAGCACUGUGCUCGACUUCGCUUGGGGGCUUUCUGGUACAACGGUUGUCACUAUGCAAACCCCAAUGGGAUUUAUCGACGGGGGGCUGACAGCACCAUCAGCUAUGUCGGAGUUGAGUGGUACCAUUGGAAGGGCCGUGACUACUCCCUGAAGUCCUUCAGCAUGAAGAUCCGUCCUGUGAAGUAGUUCUUCCAGGACGUCCACAUGCAGCAGAAUAC